AGGAAGUCAGCCCAUGUUGGAACCAAAACACAUGUGUUGAACAGUUUGCUGCAUUUAUAAAGUGUUACAUUUAAUACCAUUUUAUUCGUGAAGUCAGUGAAAACGGGGGAAUGGACGAAGCGCUUGUUCGAGCCACGAUUCCUCAGGAUCUGGUGAAGGUUCUUGGUGUUGAGUCUCGGACCAAAUCUAAAGGCGAGGCCUUCACCAAGGCGUUCCUGAAUAACAGCAUGAAGCAGAACUCAAAGCAUAAUCUGAAGAGCAUGCUGACUCACAAGGCGGUGGUUCUGGGCUACGCCAGGCCCAAGAAGGACAAGUCCAAGAGGAAGAGCAAGAGAGCAAAGGGACUGAACGCUCGGCAGAAGAGGGCGAUGAAGAUCUUCCAGAUCAAACCUGAGCACCAGAGAUACGAGCUUUUCCUGCCCCUGCAUGAACUCUGGAGACAGUACGUCAUUGACCUGUGCAACGGAUUGUAUCCAACAUGCAAUCCACAGUUUGUGCAACAGAAGCUUCUGAAGGCAGACUUCCACGGAGCCAUCAUCACAGUGGUCCGCUCUAAAUGCCCAUCAUAUGUAGGCGCCACAGGGAUUCUAGUCCAAGAGUUCAAACACGUCUUCAAAAUCAUCACCAAAGAAGACAAACUGAAAGUGAUUCCAAAGAGGAAUAGCGUGUUUGCAGUGGAGAUCAACGGCUUCGUCUCGCACAUCUACGGGAACAAGUUUGAGCAGCGAGCCAGCGAACGCUCCGCCAAGAAGUUCAAAGUGAGAGGAACCAUCGACUUGUGAGAUGUAGCCACAGGACCAUGCAGAGAGACUUUACAUGAUCAGACUUCUGCUGCCUUCUAUUGGCAGUCAGAAGGAACUGCAACAACAAUGACCAACGUGUGGCAGAUGCAUUGAGGUCAUUUAACGGACUGUAAAACCACAUCCGAAAAAAAUGAUAUUUCAGUUUUUGGUUCGGUUUACACCAAACCAAAUAUGGACCAUUUUCAGAAAUAGGCAUCACUUUAUUUUAAAGGCAAACUCCACCAAUAGGGCACUCAGUUUACUUGUCAUGGGGAGUACUAAUCAGCCAGUGAUAACAGUUGUAUGAUGUCCUCUUUGUAAGUAGCUUUGUCAAGUGUGAGAAAAUAACCCUGGUGAUGUGAUCAGGAACCUGAUAUUGACGUGAGGCGGUCAGAUAGAGAGAAGAAGUCUCACUCUGUUGGAGAUGUAGCUACAGAAACACUCGGUCCACAAGUAGAAACUGGCUGCAGAGACCACUUUAACCAGGCAGUAGGCAAGUUUUGUUUUGGUUCCUGGUCGUAUUAUAUUUUUUUAACUAAUGUUUCCGAAAUUAAAUGCAUAUUUUUGGAUCAUUUCAAAUUGUAUUGUGCUCAGGCUUUUGCACGACUGCUUCACAUUGAGAAAAAAAUGAAUCAGAUUUUUGGUUCAAUUUUUAAAAAAAGGUUUUUUGUUUUAUUUAUUUGAAUAGAAAAACAUGUUCAUCUUACUCAAAGAAAAGUAUCACCAACACUUCUCAACUCUUAAGUUUCAAACUGUUUCAACAAACUGUUCAGUAACUCUCAUGCUCUGCUCUGAUUAAACUGUUGCUUCAGUGCAAAUCAGCAGUAGACCAGUCACAAUCUUUUGAAAAAAGCUCAUGUAAACAGCCAAAUAGAGAAAAUGUCCGCUGUUCAAAGGCUGUAUUUAGUUUUAUUUAUCUAAUUUUGUUUUAUUAUUUAUCAUAUAUUGUACAGCAGAGGACGGAAUAAUCAUUUGUUGUAACCACACAAGUGUUCUGCAAUUUUUUGUAACAUAAAAAUGUGAAACAUGGCGGACUGUA